AUGCCUGGCAAGAAAGACAACAAAAAGGAUGCAAAGAAAGGAAAACCUGAACCCGAGAAAAAGAAAGAGGAGGAGAAGAAAGGAAAGGAUGACAAGAAGGGAGGAAAGGAUGACAAGAAAGGAAAAGAUGACAAGAAAGAUGACAAAAAGGGAGGAAAGGAUGACAAGAAAGGAGGAAAGAAGGGGAAAGAGGAGCCUCCACCAAAAGGCAAGGACGAUGGGAAGAAAGGAAAGGACAAGGGCAAAGGAAAGAAGGUGGAGUCUGAAGAGGAGGACGAGGAGCUGUUGAGCGAGGAAGAGGAAGAAGAGAGUGAUGAGGAAGACUCUGAGGAUGACAAGCGAAAGAAAGGCAAAGGAGGAAAGGGGGAUAAAGGGAAGAAAGGCAGUAAGCCCAAGAGACGGGGGGAUGACUCCGACGAGGACUCUGAGGAAGACGAAGAUGAGGAUGAGGACUCCGACGACGAAGAUGACAGCAAAUCCAAAAAGAAAGCCAAAGGAGGGAAAGACGAUGGAAAGAAGAAGAAAAAGAAGGAUAUUACUGCGGCCCCAAUCAAGGACAUGCACAAGAGAGGUCUCAAAAACAUGUCCAGGAUGUUCAUGAAGUUUUCAGGUUUCAAAAGACGCAGGACCAGCAGGAAGAAGCUGAAGAGUACAUCUCGCUUGUUUCUCGGAUUAGGGAAAAGGAAAAAUCGGAUAAAGUCAGCCAAGAAGAAACGUCGCAAAUCUAUGCUAAAACACACCUCUCGAUUAAUGUUUCGAUUCAAAGCCAGCAAAAAGAAGAAAAAGGAGAAGGAGGCAAAGGAGAAGGCAGCUAACGGCGGCAACAAACCGACAUACAUGCUGCUACGAUUAGGCGGAAACUCGAAUCAGAAAACUGGAUUUUUCAAGGGGAUGUUCGGUCAAAAAGAUCCCGCUGGGUUUAAAAACAGAAGUAAGAUUCUUGGGAGGGUUGCCGCGGCUACCAACUGGCUGACAAAUCGCUUCCUGUCCAGUAAAAUGCGAGGCCGUAGAGGACAGCAAGGGCAGAGGCAGAGUCGUAGAGGGCACUCGCACGGUUACCAAAAUGACGGUUACGAUUAUGGCGACGACCCUUACGGCCAAGACCCACGAUAUGGAGGUCACCAGAAGGGUUACGGGGCGUAUGAUAAUGGCUAUGGCGGUUAUGGAGAUGAAGCCGCUUAUGGAGGCCAAGGUCAUUACGGUGAUCAAGGACAAUACCAGGAUCAGUAUGGUUACUAUGAGGGAGACGGAGCAGACUACCAGGACUUGGGUUACUACGAGGAAGAAGGGCUGUACGAUCCGAACGCCGAAUAUUACGAAGGCGGGGUUUAUGAUGAUGGAAUGGGGAAUUAUUAUAACCCAUACGGAGCCACACAAGAUUACUAUGGUCAGGAAGCCGAUUAUUACCAGCAACAGCAGCAGGCAAUGGGAGGAUACGGCGACGAGGCUCUUGAGUACUACGCCGUGAUGGGAGAAGAUCACAUGUACGCGGGUGGGAUGGAUGGUUACAUGGAUCCUAUGGCGCAGGUUUAUCCAGCUGAAAUGGCUCAAGCGGGAUAUUUUGGUGAAGGCCAAGCUGGGUUUUAUGAUCCCGGGCAGGCCGCUUUUCAAAAUCCAUACGCACAAAUGCAAAUGCAGGCUGGACUUCCCACAGAUUUCCAACUCAACUAUAGUCAAGGGGGAAUGCCGUACCAAGACUUCAACUCUCAGCAGGCUAUGGGAAUGGGAAUGCCGGGAGGUCAAGGUUUUGGAUUUCCAGGUCAAGGAAUGGACCAGACUCAGGCCCUCUAUGGAGAUCAAUUUGCAAACCAACCAGAUCAAUUUUUGGACGCUGGAGGCAUGCAGGGAGGGGACGUCACGUUCAGAGUCCCUAGACCGCAAGUUCGUCUCUUCGGCAAAGAGCGUCUAGAUGUGCCCCUUCCGCCACCACCUACUAUGCCUCCAGAUCCAGAGUUUGAAGGAAUGUCGGAGAUACAAUAUGAAGACCAAAUUCCACUCACCCCUGGUCUGGUGCCUGGUGGCAUGCUCUCUGUUCCACAAAUAGGACUACCACAGCAACAGAUGACGAUGUCUCCACAAGAUCAGAUGAUGAUGGCUCAACAAGAUCAGAUGAUGAUGGCUCAACAAGAUCAGAUGAUGAUGGCUCAACAAAAUCAGAUGAUGAUGGCUCAACAAAACCAGAUGAUGAUGGCUCAACAAAACCAGAUGAUGAUGGAUCAACAAAACCAGAUGAUGAUGGACCAACAAACUCAGAUGAUGCAGCAAGCGCAAGCAGGGGUGAUGGCCCCACAGGAACAAAUGAUGAUGCCCCCACAGAGUCUGUCACCCGCGCAACAAAUGAUGCUCCAGGAUCAGCAGCAGCAGAUGGGCAUGCCUCCGAUGAUGCCUUCACCAGCCAUGUCACCACAGCCUCAAAUGAUGAUGCCACAGCAGCAAGCAAUGUUACAAGACCCAGGCAUGUCAGCCCAAAUGAUGCAAGCAAUGUCUCCCCAACCAGCCAUGAUGUCACCCCAACCUCAGAUGAUGUUACCACAGCAACAGAUGAUGCCCCAACAGGUCAUGUCUCCACAGCCUGCAAUGAUGGCGCAGCAACCAAUGGUGUCACCACAGCAAAUGAUGGCAGACCAGAUGAUGAUGAUGGCACAGGAUCAGGGUUAUGGACCUCCUUCGAUCCCCACACCUUCUGCGAUGAUUAUCAAGCAGGCAGGCAUGACUCCUCUUCCUGCCCGUAGAAUGCAAGCAUCCCCCACCCCCUCCCGGCGCUCAAUGAUGAUGCCUUCACCUCAGAUGCAGCGUCAUCCCAUGGCUAUGUCAGGGUCGCCCAUGAUGCCUCCACGACAAAUGCACUCUCCACAGCCUUCAAUGAGAAAUGGCUUCAUGGGUGCUCAUAGACCACCCUCAGUCAUGUCUAGACGGAUGUCGCCUCCCCCCUCUCCGCGCGCUUCUCCCCUUGCCCAUCAAAGAAUGCCCCCUCAGAGAUCACCUCCUCCCAUGGCUCGACCCCGGUCCCCUCCGCACUCUCCACGAGCCUCCAUGAUGCGCCGCAGUCCCCCGGGUUCACCAAGAGCCUCUAUGCGGCGCCGCUCUCCUCCUGGCUCUCCUCGAGCUUCCAUGAGGAGACCAAGUCCUCCUCCUGCAGCCAGCCCUGCUCGCAGCCCAUUUGGAGGAAGAAAAAUUGAGGCUCGCCCGCCGUCUCCAAGCCGGGCACCUCCAAGCCGGGCAUCUCCACCGGUGUCACCCCAACUUAACAGAAGGCUUUCUCCCUCUCCUCCCCCAUCACAUCGCAGCAUCUCCCCCACUGGACCACGGCCUGCUCAGGCAUCCCCUACCCUCUCCCGUCGCUCCACCCGUUUACUCAGGGACCCUACUCCUUUGGCCAGGCCCAGGAUGGGUGUACCUCUAGGCACAGUGAGACCAUCUCCCAUGGGUCUCAGAGGACGCCCAGUGCCCCCUCCAACCCAAAAUGUACGUCCGUUCCGUGCCUCCUCCAUCCAUAGUAACAGGUCCUCUGUUCUCACCAUAGACUCCUCCCUUCACUCUUCUCCCUUUCACUCUCCUCCUAUGAUACAUCGGGCUCCGUUGGGGAGAAGGGAGUCUGGUCGCAUUCUCCAUCGUCCUGUGGCUAGAGGGCGCCCUUUAAUUGCUCAGCAGUCCAUGAGGAGUAUGCCUCCACCCUCUCCUCAGAUGUCACUUAAACACAUGGGGCACCCUGCCUCCCCAAGACUUUCGCCAAGAUAUUCUCAUCCCCCAUCCCCAAUCAUGUCUCCACACCCACCUGCUUUUGCACCAGAACCUCAAAUGCCUGGGAUGUACGCAGACCCUUACAUUGAUCAGGCACAGCAACCAGGUUCACCCUAUGAGCAGCCCAUGGCUCCAUCUUCUCCCCUGCUCUCGGGGGCUCUGCAGAAUCAAGCACUAAGAGAUGCAUCGUACGUUUCUCCGAUGUCUCCUUACCAGCAACCCAUGGCCCCUUCUUCUCCUGUGCUGUCAGGGGCUCUACAGAACCAAGCCAUUCGAGGAGCGUCAUAUGUGUCCCCGCUUCAGAGGCCCGUCUCCCCAUAUGCCUCUGUGCCCUCGUCCCCAAUGCUUUCUGGAGCUAUGAGGCAUGGGCAGGCGUUAAGAGGAGUGGCUUCUUACCAAGUGCCAGGUAUGCAGUCGCCAUAUGGACCUACUGUGAUUGGUCCGUAUGGUGACAUAAUUGAACCUGCCCCCGCCCCAAUGCUCCAUGAUGCCCUUCAGAAUAGAUCAGGGUUACAGGGCGUCUCCACUUUGAGAUCUCCCAUGAUGCAGAGAAGGAACCCCUACGCUCCUGCCACUCCUCAGCUCAACCGGGCAUUACAGCAGAACCCCGGCCUCCGCCAAGCAUCUUAUCAUUCCCCAAUACAAUUCCGAUCGCCGUACGCGCCCGCCUCACCCAUGCUGGGCUCGGCCUUGCAGAACCGACAGCUGAUGCAGUCAUCCUAUAGGCUGCCGGACGGGACCCUGGUGUCCCCUUAUGCAGACCCUCGGACCUCACCUAUGCUUGGCAGUGCACUACAAAAUCCACAACUCCGAGGGGCUUCCUUUACUUUACCUGAUGGAUCAUACAUACGGGAUCCACGAAGGCCCUUGUCUCCCAACCUUUCCAGAGCUCUUCAGAACCAGGAUCUCAGAAGUGCCACGUACACUCUCCCUGAUGGCACCAUUAUUGACCCCAGGCAGCAACAACCGAUUUCCCCAGAUCUGGCUAAAGCCCUGAAUAAUCCAGCUCUCAGGAGAGCCUCCUACUCUCUUCCUGAUGGCACUAUUGUGAUCGACCCAAACACGCCCAAAAGCCCAAACCUCGCAGCUGCACUUAGUAACCCUUUCCUGAAAAGUGCCUCAUACACUCUGCCCGAUGGAACAAUCAUCAUUGACCCGCGAAAGCCUGUGUCACCAAACCUGGCUGCAGCACUGCAGAACCCUGCUAUGCGCAAUGCCAGCUAUUCUCUCCCAGAGGGCGUCCAGGAUCCCAAUGUCCCAUUGUCACCCAACCUGGCUAAAGCUCUCAACAACCCAGCAUUGAAAGGCGCAACAUACCAACUUGCAGAUGGGACCUAUAUUGUUGAUCCAAACAAACCCAAGUCUCCAAACCUCGCAGCCGCUCUGCAGAACCCCUAUCUGAAGAGUGCGUCCUACACCCUGCCAGACGGAACCAUCAUCAUCGACCCACGCAAGCCUGUCGGACCAAACCUGUCCAAUGCUCUUCUCAAUGAACACCUUCGUAAAGCCUCGUACCAGGUUCCUGAUGGAGCCCUGCACAUCCCGGGUCAGAAGCCCAACUUGUCAUUCGCCUUACGUCAGAAUCGUCCCCUACGCAGCACUGGCCUGUAUCACCUCUCCGACUCCUCCAUUCUGUCAGGAGUGCCCAACCCUAUCCCUCCCAACCUCUCCUCAGCUAUGCAGAUGGAUGGGCUGCGUGGGAUCAAGUUUAGGUUACCAGAAGACUCUCUUCUCACACGCCGCUUCCACAACCCAAGCUUAUCAGACGCCAUUGCCAACCAGCAGCUGCGCUACGCCUCAUACAGGGUCCCUACAGGACUGUACGGGGAGGACAACCAGUAUGCUGUGGUGCCCCCGUAUGGCCCACGCUCUGGCCACUGGGCUCGUAACGCCCGGGGAGGAGGUGAUGGAGGGGACGACGUGUGGGCCUCUGAGAGGGUCCUGCCACACGGCACCCUCCAGAACCUGUCCAAGUGGUCCAUGUACAGAGAGGCGGGAAUUCUGGACGGCUACACUCCAACGCUUAAGGCAGAUGGGACCACCGAGGACUCAGAGUGGGCCCCUGAGAGAGAGCAGAUGCCAGGCAAAAGCUGGUAUGACAAGAUAUACUCCAUCCUAACCAUGCCUACAACCGGCCAUAGGGUAAAACGCUGGGCUGAGGGGAUGGAGGACAUGACACAGCUGCCGGAGCUGAAUGACACCACUGUGAUCAUGAACCUGAAGAAACGUUUCGACCAGGAGCUCAUAUAUACCUACAUUGGCAGUAUCCUCAUCUCAGUGAACCCUUACAAACUGAUGAACAUGUACGGCACAGACAUAGUAAUGCUGUACGAGGGCCGUGGGCUGUGUGAUAACCCUCCCCAUAUUUUUGCCAUUGCUAACUUAUCGUAUUCCACCAUGAUGGAUGCCAAAAAGGACCAGUGUAUUGUAAUCAGUGGAGAAAGUGGCUCAGGAAAGACAGAGGCUACCAAAUUGAUCCUGCGUUACUUGACAGCCAUUCACCACAAACGCAACGUGACACAACAGGUACCUAUCCUAGAGGCGACGCCCCUGCUGGAGUCUUUUGGAAAUGCCAAAACAGUGCGCAAUGACAACUCGUCGCGUUUUGGAAAAUAUACUCAGAUCUACAUGGAGGAGGGUGUGAUCAGCGGUGCCAUAACCUCCCAGUACCUGCUGGAGAAGUCCCGCAUUGUCUUUCAGGCCAAAUCCGAGAGGAACUACCAUAUCUUCUAUGAGAUGCUGGCUGGUCUUCCUCCUGAAGAGAAGAGCCCACUGUACCUGCAGGAGGCCGAGACCUACUACUAUCUCAAUCAGGGAGGAGACUGCAUCAUCGAGGGGAAGGACGAUGCUGAGGACUUCAGGCGUCUGCUGGGGGCCAUGGACAUCCUGUGCUUCACCCCGGAGGAGCAGAGCGCCAUCUACAGGAUUCUGUCCUCUGUGCUGCACCUGGGGAAUGUCUUCUUCCAGCCUCACCAGGUGGAGGGGCAGGAGGUGGCCUCGGUGGUCAGUGCUCAGGAGAUCAGGGUCAUUGCUGAGCUGCUGCAGGUGUCUCCAGAAGCUCUGCAAAAGUCUGUCACCUUCAAAAUGACCGAUGCUGUGCGGGAGAAGAUCUACACUCCUCUGACAGUGGAGAGUGCUGUGGAUGCCAGAGAUGCGGUUGCCAAGAUCCUGUAUGCGCUGCUGUUUAGCUGGCUGACGGAGCGCAUCAAUGGACGGGUUUACCCUCGCCAUGAAGCCCUGUCCAUCUCCAUAUUGGACAUCUAUGGAUUUGAGGAACUGCAGGUGAACAGCUUUGAGCAGCUCUGUAUCAACUACGCCAAUGAGACGUUGCAGUCCUUCUUUGUUAAGGUCGUCUUCCAAGAGGAGCAGGAGGAGUACAUGAGGGAGCAGAUAGAGUGGCAGCAGCAGCCCUUCAGCCAUAACCAGGCCUGUAUGGACCUCAUCUCUGCCAAGCCCCAUGGAAUACUGCGCAUUCUGGACGACCAGUGCAGCUUUCCACAGGCCACAGACCACACCUUCCUACAGAAGUGCCACUAUCACCACGGUAACGACACGCUCUAUGCCAGACCAAAGAUGCCACUGCCAGAGUUCACCAUCAAGCAUUAUGCAGGGAAAGUCACCUACCAGGUUCACCACUUUCUAGACAAGAACUUUGACAUGGUGCGCCAGGAUGUUCUGGACCUCUUCAUGCAGAGCAAGAACAAACUUGUGUCCAGUCUGUUCCUGAAGCACUCAGAGACCGUCUCUCAGCAGAAGACAGCCCACCGCACCAGCUCAGUGCGACGCUACCAGGCCAACACGGUCAGCGCCAAGUUCCAGAACAGCCUGCAAGAGCUCAUCGAGAAGAUGGAAAGGUGUAACCCUUAUUUUGUGCGCUGCAUCAAACCAAAUCAUCAUAAGGAGCCCGGGGUGUUUGACAUGGAGCUGGUCAGUUCACAGCUGCGGUACUCCGGGAUCAUGGAGACCAUCCAGAUCCGAAAGGACGGAUACCCCUACAGACUGGAAUUCCACAGCUUCCUGGUCAGGUACAAAGCCUUACUGUGCCUGGUGGAGCCGCCCCCUGCUGAUGGAGAGAACUGUGUGCAGAUGCUACGCAGACUGGCCCUCAUCAAGAAGGGCUCAUACCAAGUGGGAGUCAGUAAGAUCUUCCUGAAGGAGGAGCUGUACCAACUGCUGGAGGCCAAGCGUGAGCGUGUGCUCAACAUCGCCGCCCUCACCCUGCAGAGAUACACGCGCAUGUUCUUCGUACGCAAGAACUUUGUCAAAUUCAAGUGGCGCAUCACCCAGCUCCAAGCCCAGGCCCGAGGGUACAUGGCCAGGAAAAAGUUUGCCCAAAGGAGGAAGAACCUGAUAAAGCUGCGUUCCAUGUGUUUGCUCAUCCUGAAUCGCCAGCGCUAUAUGAGGGUAUGUGUGCACCUCUGCACACCUAUGUGUUCAUCCACUGUGCUGAAGGGUGAUGUCUAUUUUAUGUCUUUCUGUCAGACAGUCGUGGAGCCUGCAAGACAAGCAGAGGAGGAUCGCAUUAACAGGGAGGUGGUGAACGUGACUACUUUGCCCAUCCCUGCAGAGUUGGCAGCACUACUCCAGACUGCCUCAGGGGGUACAGAGCUGCAUUCGGACUGCCUGGCCGUGGUCCAGGCUCCCACAGUCCAGGUGGAGCCUCAGCUCACUCUGCCUCUGGACAUCAACAACUACCUCAUGACUCACUACGUCCGCGCCAUCUUCAGGGAUCCAUUGUUUGGGAUGCUGACUGCACCUCUUGAAAACUCCCUGCUGAGAUUGGACGAUGAGCUGAAGUAUGGAGCUGUUAAUAUUUUCAUUCUGAUUUUAAGGUUCAUGGGUGACCCUAACCUCAACGGAGCUCAGGAGAAUCUGUUUGGAAAUUACAUCAUCCAGAGAGGAUUGGCCCACCCUAGCCUCCGAGACGAAAUUCUAGCACAGGUCAUCAAUCAGGUUUGGAGGAAUCCCAAUGCUUUGAACUCAGAGCGGGGCUGGCUGCUUCUCUCCUCCUGCCUCUCUGCCUUCCUCCCUUCUCAAAGACUGGCCAAGUACCUGCUCAAGUUUGUCUCGGACUAUGGCCUAGAAGGCUUCGGCUGUGUGUGCCAGCAUCGCCUUCUCCAGGCUCUACAGCGCCUCACGCUGGGGGGGCCGGAGUAUGUUAGGACCUACCCCCCCUGUCUGCUGGAAUGGACUGCCAAUCGCAAGAAAGCCCACACUGUCCUGCAUGUGCAUUGUUUUGAUGGUAUGUCCUUCCUGUGCCCCUUACACUCCUGGACGACUGGAGAAGAGAUGGCCAAAGAUAUCCUCACACACAGAGGAGUGAGUGAGGGUCGCCAGGGCUGGUCCGUGUUGCUGAAAGAGCCUGCUCAGUGGGUAGAGCUGGAGGGUUCAGACUACGUCCUGGAUCUGCUAUCGGACCUGGAGCUGCCUGCGGACUUCCCCAAACACAACAGCUACUUUAUCAUCUCAGCUCAGAACCCCAGCCGCGUCAGGGCCAACGCCAGCAUAAGCCUCCUGGGUGGUGGAUUUGAUAAGAAAGAUGAUGUCAUAUCUUCCAUUAUUCCAAACUCUGAAGUUGGUCAUGAUAUGGAGCCACAGAGGGGGAUGGACCGAUACCUGGACAGUCUGUUUGACCCUGUACUGGACGACGCGACUGUAGAGGAGUCUGCGGCGGGGCUGGCGAGCAGGAUGCGAGGAGCUGGAGGUGUUGGAGGGGGUGAAACAGGUGGCCCCUCACUGCCCCCUGGAGCUGUGCGAGUGCUGCCGGUGGGAGGUGUAAUGCUGCCUCCGGUGGCAACGGUGGCACCUGUUACUCCUGAUGCCCAGCAGGCUGUUCUGGCCCAGCAGCAGCAGACCAUCGCCAACCAGCAGGCCGUCAUCAUGGCGCAGCAGGUGACCAUGAACGCGAUGGCCAUGGUCAGCCCCGUGUCCAGCCCCCCGACCUCCCCUAUCACCAGCCCCCCCAGCAGCCCCCUGCCCCACCACCCCGCCAGCCCCUACGCAGGCAUCCCCCCGAGCCCGUACGCCAACAUACCCCCCAGCCCCUACGCCAACUUCACCCCCUCUCCGUACGAACCCGCCGACCUCCCCACCAGCCCCUACGCACCCGCCCAGGCCCAGGCAUACCCCUCUGCUGUUGCUUCUGUGCCCCAGGGAGGAGCCAAGGGUCAGGCCAUGCCCACAACCAGCCAACCAGCGCAGCCCAAAGUCAACGGGGCGUCCAGUGAGUCAGGUAAAGACAGUGUUCAGAGGAGAAAGGCCCCAGCCGCCCCCAUAGACAACGACAAACCUGCCAAGAAGCAUGCUCCUGUGGUUACAUCUCCUCCAUCUCCUACUGGAGAAGUGGUGAAGUACUCCUCAACAGAUCACCUUGUGCCCAGUAAUGAUGUCCAAGAAAUCAUCAGAAGAUACAACUCCCCCCCUCCUCCCCCUGAGCCCCUGCCUCCUGGGAAGAGGAGACCAGAAGGCAAGUUUAUGAAGAAACAGACUGCUCGAGAUGAAGCUCUGCAGAUCCUGAAACCACAGAUGGACAACCCUCCAGCUCCAACUCCCAAGCCUCGUCCUGUGGCCCCUGCACUGGCCCCCACCCCUGUGGUCCCUCCUCCACCCUCCCCAGCACGAGUUCCUGUGCAGGAUGUGGCCCCUCAGCCCAUCAAGAGCAAAGCCAGAGCCAGAGAGCGCCCUCUGCCUCCGCCUCCGCCAAUUUCCCGAGAUCUCCCCAUAGAGACAGAGUCCAUCCAGACGCAGCUCCACCAGGCUCCCAAUGAGGAGCACUACACCUACACCAACGUACCCUGGAGGCUCUACCUGCGGAAGGAGGUAUUUUAUCCCAAGGACAGCUUCAACAACCCUUUGGUGUUGGAUCUCAUCUUCAAACAGAUUGUGAAUGACACGCUGUCAGAGGCAUGCGUCCGGAUCACGAGGGAUGAAAGGCAGAGGAUGAAGGCUCUGUUCGCCAAGCACAACGUGGAGCAGAACAUGGACCCAGUGGAUGAGAGCGUGAAGAAGAUCAUUGUCAAUGCCGCCCGAGAAACCUGGGAGAUCUACUUCUCCAGACUCUUCCCUGCAUCGGGCAGUGUGGGCACGGGGGUCCAGGUGCUGUCUGUGUCUCACAGUGGGAUCAAACUGCUGAAGACGGUGAAGAGCAGCGCCGCCGCUCCGGACUACUUCAGAGUGCUCCGACCAUACACUUAUGCGGACAUUCUGUUUGUGACCAUCCCAUCUGAAAACAAGCUGGAGUUUAAUCUGACCAAUGAGAAGCUGAUCCUGUUCUCAGCCAAAGCCCCACAGGUCAAACACCUCAUCGACUCAUUCAUCAGCGAAAUUAAAAAGAAUUCCGACUAUGUGAUUGCCGAGCGUAACUUUGUGUCCGAUGAUCAUGCCAUGUUAAACUUCCACAAAGGAGACGUAAUCCGGCUGCAGGUUAUGGAUGGACUGGACAAGGGCUACAUUUAUGGCUGUGUGGUGAGGAAGAAGGUGGUGUUUUUGGAGGACCUAAAGAGAGACACUCCAGACUUUGGAUGGAAGUUUGGUGCGGUGUUUGGGCGCUCCGGGGCCUUUCCCUCAGAGUGUGUUCACCCAGUAGCAGCCCCUGACUUCCUGUCUCUGCCUCUGGACCGUACGUCGGAGCCUCGAGGGGGCCCGGGGCAGGUGGCUGUGUCUUCUGCUGUGGCUGUGGCGGUCGCCUCCACCAUGGCUGCCCAUGAGAUCGACCACACCAUCGAGAAAGUGUCUCCUGAAGGCUUUGCAGAGGGAGAGCUGGAUGAGAGAAUUCUACAGGACAGUAAAUAUGACAUGCUGGAGUUUGCCAAGAAGUACUUCAGACAGCCCACCAUGGAGAAGGGGGACUCCCUAAAAGGCAAAGGCAAAAGCAGAGAGCUGACAGAAAUGAUUAAAUUCUCCAAGAAUCCAGUGUCUGAGUCCCUGAUUGAGUUCACAGACCCAGGCAUGAACCGCGCCGCCACUGACCUGUUCCAGAUGAUCAUGCGUUUCAUGGGAGACUCUCCGUUAAGAGGCACCUCUGAGCAGGAGGUGGUCAGCACUUUUCUCAAGGUCAUCGGAGAGUUCCCCCUGAUGAGGGACGAGGCGUACUGUCAGCUCCUCAAACAGCUCACCUCCAACACCAGCUCAAAGCCGGACAGCUGUAGCCGGGGCUGGAGACUGCUCUACAUCCUCACUGCGUUCCACCGCUGCUCCGAGGUGCUCAAGCCCUUUGUCCUCAAGUACCUGCACCAGGCCUCACGCAGCGCCGGGGCUCAGUACCAGGGUAUUGCCAAAGCGUGUGAGCAGAACCUGAAGAAGACCUUUCAGUACGGAGGCCGGAUAGUUCCACCCAACAGCAUGGAGCUGACAGCAAUGAUGGCGGGACGCAGCUCCAAGCGCCAGCUGUUCCUUUUCCCCGGAGGAAUCGAGCGCCACGUGAAGCUCAAGACCUGCUCUGUUGCUCUGGAGGUGAUAGAGGAGCUCUGUUAUGAGAUGGGUCUACAUCGACUGGAGGCCAUGGAGGAAUACGCUGUGUUUUUAGUCACUAACAGAGGUCAGAACGUGCGGCCCCUCAACAAACACGAGUACAUCCUGGAUGUGGCGACGGAGGCGGAGCUUCUGGACCCAAACUACAGCUUCUGGUUCAGACGAGUGGUGUGGGCGCAGACGCUCAAGUUUGACAACGAGCUGUGUGUGGCCAUGCACUACAACCAGAUUCUUCCAGACUACCGCAAAGGCCUUCUCAACACUCUGCCCCAGGGCAAAGUGAGCGACCAGCAGUAUCACCAGAUCUCCAAACUGUCAGCUCUACAGCACCGCGCCAAGGACAUCAUCUUCAUCCCCAGCAUACAUGAACUGUCCGAGUACAUAGCGCCCCCUCUGUUCAAAAAGCUCCCUCCACAACAGUGGGUCAACAUGGUGACCCAGCACAUGCAGCAGGUCCAGGCCCUCAGCCCACACCAGGCCCGCGCGCAGUUUCUGGGCCUGGUCAGCGCCUUCCCCAUGUUCGGCUCCUCCUUCUUCUACAUCCACAGCAGUAGCUCCACCUCCUUCUACGCCCCCUGCAUCAUCGCCGUCAACCAGCACGGACUGCACUUCCUCCACAAGAACACACACGAGGUGAUGGCUGUGGUCCCCCUGGUAGAGGUCCAGUCCAGCCGCACCCAGAGGCCCAGCACAGGCACCAGUUACCCGUACGUGGACCUCACCCUGGGGGAUAUGAACUCACAGAAGGUGAUACAGCUGCAGCUCGAGCAGGGGCUGGAGCUCUGCCGGGUUAUAGCCAUGCAGGUGGAGAACAUGAUGUCAGUGCGGGAGAAGAGGCUCACACUGCCCCCUAGUGAAAUCACCAUGCUAUAACAUCAGUACAUCUGACCUGAAGAAACCUACCUCCUCUGUGCUCUGCGGCUUCUGGUGGAAUCCAAAAGGACUCUGAAGACUGUGAC